AUGCGAGGAGCAAGAGCGCAGGUGACCUUCAACCCUGAUACCAUCCAUCCCAACCUGGUCUUGUCCGAAGACCUCAAAACGGUGUCUUUUAGCGCGGCCAAACAGCCGUAUCCGGCCAGAUCUCAGAGGUUUUCCAGUUUCUUCCAGGCUUUGAGCUCCCAGAGCUUCGUCCGAGGAGAACAUCUCUGGGACUUCCAGGCUGAAGGCUGUGCUUGGGUUCUGGCCGUGUGUUACGGCGAACUGCCCAGAUCUGGUUCUGGAAGCGGUCUGGAGAGCAGCGCUGGAUCCUGGUGCCUCAUGUACUGCGAUAACCUUCUGAGGGCGUACGAGAAAGGAAAGGACACGCCGCUUAGACGCACGCCGUCUCUGAAGAGGAUGGAGAUACGCCUCAGCUUUAGCACCGGCACUUUAGCGUUUAACAGCGUCAGCGAUUUAAGUGGGGAUAAAACUCACCUGCACACUUUUAAAGUCAGCUUCGCGCAGCCGGUGUAUCUGGCUGUAAGGAUGAUGUCUGGUCAACCCAAAGCACACAUCACUGUCAACUAGUGACUGACCACUAGAGAAACCCACUUGCUUCUGCAUUGCUUUCACCUUAUGCAACCAACUGCUAAAAUAAUUUCUUAGACCAUAUUCAUCCAUACUUAUCCUGUUGUCACGAUGUUAUGAUGCAAUACGUCAUUAAUGUUCACUUACGCACUCAAUGCAUCUUGCUGCACUAGAUUGUCACAUGCAUUCGGUUUGCAUUAUUUAAUUUAAUCAAUAUGCAGUGUUCCUCAACUCGUGUUUGACAUUUGUUUAACUUCAAUAAUAAUAAUAGCAUGUUUGUUAAUACUUGCAUUAUUAUUUUUUAAUCAAUAUGCAGUGUUCCUCAACUCAUGUGUUAGGUUUUGAGCAUGUGACAUUUGUCUAACUUCAAUAAUACAAGACCACUUUACAUCGAAAACAAUUCUAAUUCUGUUUCU